AUGUCCCGGACGGACCGGCAUCCCAGGAGGGGCUUGGCGGGGUGCUGGCCAGGGGGAGUCCAACCCCGCCUGCUGCUCCCCGCCGUGCCCAUCUCCGGGCUGGUGGGGCAGCUGCUGCUGCUGCUGCUGCCGCUGGUCUCCCUCCUGCCCUCAGCCCGGCCGGCCAGCCCCCUCCCCCGGGAGGAGGAGAUCGUGUUUCCAGAGAAGCUCAAUGGCAGCGUCCUGCCUGGUUUGGGCGCCCCUGCCAGGCUUCUGUACCGCUUGCCAGCCUUUGGGGAGACGCUGCUGCUAGAGCUGGAGCAGGACCCCGGCGUGCGGGUCGAGGGGCUGACGGUGCAGUACCUGGGCCAAGCCCCUGAGCUGCUGGGAGGGGCCGAGCCAGGCACCUACCUCACCGGCACCGUCAACGGAGAUCCAGAGUCGGUAGCAUCUCUGCACUGGGACGGGGGAGCCCUGUUAGGGGUGCUGCAGUAUCAGGGGACCGAGCUCCACAUCCAGCCCCUGGAGGGAGGCACCCUUAACUCUGCCGGGGGGCCUGGGGCUCACAUCCUCCGCCGGAAGAGUCCUGCCAGCGGCCAGGGCCCCAUGUGCAACGUCAAGGCUCCUCCCGGGAAUCCCAGCCCCAGCCCUCGAAGAGCCAAGCGCUUUGCCUCGCUGAGUAGAUUUGUGGAGACUCUGGUCGUGGCAGAUGACAAGAUGGCAGCAUUUCACGGGGCAGGGCUGAAGCGCUACCUGCUGACAGUUAUGGCCGCCGCAGCCAAGGCCUUCAAGCACCCGAGCAUCCGCAACCCCGUCAGCUUGGUGGUGACUCGGCUCGUGAUUCUGGGGCCGGGCGAGGAAGGGCCCCAAGUGGGGCCCAGUGCCGCCCAGACCCUGCGCAGCUUCUGCACCUGGCAGCGAGGACUCAACACCCCUGAGGACUCGGACCCAGACCACUUUGACACGGCCAUUCUGUUCACCCGGCAGGACCUGUGUGGGGUCUCUACUUGUGACACUCUGGGCAUGGCCGAUGUGGGCACUGUGUGUGACCCGGCUCGGAGCUGUGCUAUUGUGGAGGAUGAUGGGCUCCAGUCGGCUUUCACAGCUGCUCAUGAACUGGGUCACGUCUUCAACAUGCUCCAUGACAACUCAAAGCCAUGUGUUGGUCUGAAUGGGCCUGGGAGCACCUCCCGCCACGUCAUGGCUCCUGUGAUGGCUCACGUGGACCCCGAGGAGCCCUGGUCCCCCUGCAGUGCUCGCUUUAUCACUGACUUCCUGGACAAUGGCUACGGGCACUGUCUCUUAGACCAGCCAGCGGCACCCCUGCCUCUGCCCGUGACUUUCCCUGGCAAGGACUAUGAUGCUGAUCGCCAGUGUCAGCUGACCUUCGGGCCCCACUCGCGCCACUGUCCACAGCUGCCGCCACCCUGUGCCGCCCUCUGGUGCUCCGGCCACCUCAAUGGCCACGCCAUGUGCCAGACCAAGCAUUCACCCUGGGCCGAUGGCACCCCCUGCGGGCCAGCGCAGGCCUGCAUGGGGGGCCGCUGCCUCCACGUGGACCAGCUUCAGGACUUCAACAUCCCACAGGCGGGAGGCUGGGGCCCCUGGGGGUCAUGGGGCGACUGCUCCCGGAGCUGCGGGGGCGGCGUCCAGUUCUCUUCCCGGGACUGCACGCGGCCGGUCCCCCGGAACGGUGGCAAGUACUGUGAGGGCCGCCGCACCCGCUUCCGUUCCUGCAACACCCAGGCCUGCCCAAGUGGCUCAGCAUUGACCUUCCGUGAGGAGCAAUGUGCUGCUUACAACCACCGCACUGACCUCUUCAAGAGCUUCCCGGGGCCCAUGGACUGGGUCCCUCGCUACGCGGGUGUGGCGCCCCGGGACCAGUGCAAGCUCACCUGCCAGGCCCAGGCCCUGGGCUACUACUAUGUGCUGGAGCCGCGGGUGGUAGAUGGGACUCCCUGUUCCCCGGACAGCUCCUCGGUCUGUGUCCAGGGCCGCUGCAUCCAUGCUGGCUGUGAUCGUGUCAUCGGCUCCAAAAAGAAGUUUGACAAGUGCAUGGUGUGCGGUGGGGAUGGUUCUAGCUGCAGUAAACAGUCUGGCUCCUUCAGAAAAUUCAGGUACGGAUACAACAACGUGGUCACUAUCCCCGCGGGGGCCACGCAUAUCCUGGUCCGGCAGCAGGGGGGCCCUGGUGUCCGGAGCCUCUACCUGGCCCUGAAGCUUCCAGAUGGCUCCCACGCCCUCAACGGUGAAUACACACUGAUGCCCUCGCCCACGGAUGUGGUGCUGCCUGGGGCGGUCAGUCUCCGCUACAGCGGGGCUACUGCAGCCUCCGAGACACUGUCAGGCCACGGGCCACUGGCCCAGCCCUUAACGCUGCAGGUCCUGGUAGCCGGCAACCCCCAGAACGCUCGCCUGCGAUACAGCUUCUUCGUGCCCCAGCCAGCCCCGUCCACACCGCGUCCCCCUCCCCAGGACUGGCUGCACCGCAAGGCACAGAUUCUGGAGAUCCUCCGGCGGCGCCCCUGGGCGGGCAGGAAAUAACCUCAUCAUCCCCGCUGCCCUUUCCGGGCACCGGGGCCUCGGACUGAGUUGGCAGAAAGAGGGGGCUUCUGCGGCUGCCUCAUGCGGACACGUGGACACACGGACACAGUGGGAGGGGCUGAGAGGAUGAGGCCUGCCCUCCUCCCCACCCCGAUGUGCAGGCUGGCCCUGCCCUGGUUUCCUGCCCUGGACGGCAGGGACGGGUGGUGGAUGGAAGGGGUUGGGAGACUGUCCCCAUCCACACUGCCCCCUCUGCCCUG